UUCAGUGAGCCAAUUAACAGGUGUCAUUUUUCAGAAUAUUUUAUCUCGUCAAGCUAGAGCGUAAUCAUUUUGUCCUCUAUCGUUUGCUCUGGUUUAUCUGAUAAUAUAAAAAAAGUUACUUAAGUAACGUUUGUAGAAUAAACUGAUCUUUUAGCUGGUGUCCCCACCGAAGAGCUAAAAAAUGACCAUAUUUUUGGCGUUGUGUUUCAUUUGGUGUGCAUCGGUGACGUAUGGAAGUCCAAUUGGUGGCAAUGAUACGGCUCAAAGAGGUUUGGAUAUCGAUGUCGAUGCUUGGGGAAAAAAGGAAGUGUGUAUGAAGGAGCUGGGUUGCUUCGCCAUAACAGAUGACUUCAAGAGUUUGUUGCACAGACCCGUUAAUGUCCUCCCACAUGACAGGGCAACUAUUAACGCUAGAUCACUUCUGUACACCAGAAAAAAUGCCAAAGAAUCGCACGUGCUUGUGGCCAGUGAUAAAGAAUCCUUUACUGAAUCGAACUUGAAUAAAGACAAUCCCACUAAGUUCAUUGUGCAUGGUUUCAUGGAUAGUGAAUUGUAUGGACCAUGGAUGUUGGCAAUGAAAGACGAAUUUCUUAUGCAUGGUGAUUAUAACAUCAUUGUUGUAGACUGGAGUGGUGGUAACAAACCUCCUUAUUACCAAGCUACGUCAAAUACUAGAGUAGUAGGAGCAGAAAUCGCCUUAAUCAUCAAAGCUUUAGAAAAAUAUGCAGGCAUUAAGAGAGAAAACUGUCACAUCAUUGGUCACAGUCUUGGAUCACAUGUAGCCGGUUAUGCUGGGGCCAUCUUGAAGACACUUGGAAGAAUCACAGGUUGUGAUCCAGCUGAACCAUACUUCCAGAAUAUGCCAACAAGUGUGAGACUUGAUCCUUCUGACGCAGAUUAUGUAGAUGUCAUACAUUCAGAUGCCACAGACAUUAUGUUCAUUGGUUUUGGAAUGAGCCAUAGCGUCGGACACGUAGAUUUCUUUCCCAAUAAUGGACGUAAACAGCCCGGUUGUAAAGCUGAUAAGUUCAAGUCAUUCAUCACAGAUGGAUUAAACGAAGGCGCCAGACGUUUCGUAAGUUGCAACCAUCAACGAUCUCUUGAUUUCUUCUAUCAUUCCAUUAACUACAGAAAAGUUGUACCAGUAGGGUAUGAAUGCACCUCAUGGAACGACUUUUUAGCUGGUAAAUGCGCUGAAUGUGGACCAGACACCAAGAGAUGCGCCAUCAUGGGAAUCAGGGCAGAUGAGUACUAUGAAUUCAGAAAUUCCUCAGUUCAACGAAAUAUGUAUCUCCAAACAUCCGGCAAAUCUCCCUUUUGGCUUUACCAUUAUCAAGUAACAGUGAAGCUCUAUAGGCCAAAAGCAUCCUAUAAAGAUGUGGAAGGUACCAUGGAUAUCACCCUUGUUGGAUCCAAAGGUGAUGAACUGGCUCAUAUACAGCAAAAAGCAACCGAAUUUUUCCAUGGUGCAAGAUACCAAUAUUUGGUAACAACAGAGAGAGAUUUGGGUGAAAUCAAGAGUGUUACUUUGAAGUGGUUCAGCUCAUCUAACAAUCCAAUCAAAAUGAUCUUCAAACCUAAACUAUACGUUGAAUAUGUCACUGUUAUUCCAAUGAAUGUCAUCGAAAAAUCGCCAAGAACUAAGAAGAAUCGCUCUUUCUGUGCAAAACCUGAAAAUGGUAUUACUCCCAAGACUAUUACAACACUCCACAGAGAUGAUAAAUGUGUUCGCUAGCAUAGACAUCUUAUGUUUAUUGAAAAUAAAUAAAGUAAAAAUUCUUAUAUUUAACAAA